UUUAGCUCAAAGACAACUGCCCUCUCCCUCCCCGCCCUCCUUGCAUACAGCUGCUCGUGUCACACAACGCUCGUGUCACACAACGCUCCCAGUACACAAAAUAGACUUAUCGGGGCACCUGUGCUUCAUGACGCUGGCCAAAAGAAUUAUUGGCUCGUGUUUACAGGGAGAAAAAAGAAAGCUUUUCAUCGAAGAAACAAAUUAUCGGUUAUUAUGGCCGAGAGAUUUAAAGAAACAGAAAUAGACGAGUUCAAGGAGUGCUUUUCCUUGUACGAUGGAGACAACGACGGUUUUAUUGGCAAGGAUGAGCUAGAGUUAGUGAUGCGCUCGCUUGGGGAACCUGUUACCUACCUUGAACUGGAAAAGAUUAUGAAAGAUUCAGGUAAAGAAAAGUUGAGGUUUCCAGAAUUUCUCAAGAUUAUGGCUGAGCAGAAGGCAAGAAGUGUCAACACCAGGCAAGAAAUCCUGGCAGCAUUCCAAGCAUGUGACCUAAGAAAAACAGGAACGGUCACCAAGAAGGAACUCAGAAAAAUCAUGGUUAACACUGGUGAACGCAUCGGGAAACAGGAGUUUGACCAAAUGCUCCAUGAUUUUCACCUUGAUCGCAGUUCUAGCAUCUGUUAUACCGACCUUGUCUGUGCUCUAACUGAAGUAAACUAAAGGCUCAGCUAUUCACUGCAGACUCUUCAACUAUAUUGUAUGUAAUCUAUAAAAGAAAUCCUAAUGGACAAAAGAAGAGGCAAUCUUGUCAUCAUAAGCUGGCUCCCUUAGGUUUAAAAAAGAUCAUAGGAGGAGCAAGUCUACUAUUCAUUCACUCUGACCUAUGUAACGCAAUGCACUUGACCCCAGUAACUGAGUUCAAGUGCACAACGUGACAGAGGUCAGGACGACGGCAUAGAAGAUUAAGAAGAGAUAUGAUGUAUUGUGAAAAAGUUUUAGUUGUCAGUAAGAAAUGUGUUUUCAAGUAAAUCCAAAGGUUGCUUAGAAUCAGAGUACUCAGUCAGUGCUGUAGCAGUGGGCGGGGCACAGGGGACACCCCCCUACUCCCCCAAUAUUUGAAAAGAUUAUAAGGAAAUGAUCAGUAGGGGCGUGGCUGUGCCCCCCCCCCAUUAUUUUGAGAUCUGCUACAGCUUUGUCAGUGGUAUUUUCAAAUCUUUCAUAUGCUUUUCAAAAGAGGUUUUUUUGCUUCUUGAAUGCACUAAAUAAGGGAAUCAUUACCAUUGCUGUCUUUCAUUCAACAAAUAAUGCACUUAGCUGCAAACAAAAUUUAAACAUAAAAAGCCUUAAGCAAAUAUUUAAUUACUUAAUAGUAUAGGUAGAAAAUAAACUUGUGUGUAGUAUCAUUUUUAAAAAUAAACUGUGCUAUGCUCUGUCUGUCAA